GCGUAUACAUGGACCCACAACGCGACUCUUAUUCAACAGAUUGAACGUGUUUUCCGAUACUAGGAGCCGGGGAACAGAUGGGUAUUCGAACAAGUGCGCGUGGUUAAGAAAACAUUCUUCGAACUCAUAGGUGAGUUGUCUCACUAUACGGGGCUACUCCUCCUGUACUCGUCGGGAAGGGGGCCCCUCUUGGCGUAUAAAUACCCCUAAUAUUCGUUCGUCUUCCUUACUGAACACAAACAUGAUUACCAACACCCAAUUUGUCCAAACCACCAGGUCCCAUUUCGUCGUUGCGCUUGCGAUGGCACAGGCCGUAUUCGGUCUUAUCAAGAGCAUUAUUGCUAUGCUAUUGUUUUGGGCGUGUCCUUCGAUGACAUCUUCCUUGCCCGAAUACCCCCGCAUGGCUGUUACGACCAAGGUAGAGCGUAACACAUCUCGAUACUCAAUGAUGGUGGCGCCGUCUUCAUCGGUGUCCUUCUCAUCAUCCAGCUCUACUUUGGUCGAAACGUCGUUAGUAUGUGACAACGCCAUUGCGAAAUCCAAGAAGUCAGGCGCAAAGAGAAAUUAAGCAUCUGACUCAUACUGCCAAGGUCGAGAUGAGGCCAUUCGCACGGCGCAUGUCGUCGUCGUUCCACAUCGCCUUUUCUCCCUUCGCCUCACCAUUCAUCCCUUCAUCGGACUCUUAUUUCCCUCGUAAGGCGUCCGUCCAAUUGAAGCGAGUAGGAACGCUUGUCGAAGAGGCGGUAGUAACAUCCCAAGAGACCAUCUUGGUUGCGUCGAGGAAGACGAAGAAAGUUUCUAUUUCUAUCAAGAAAACGAAGACUACGAGGAAGAUUGUGAAAGUUGGAAAGAAAGCCAAAGGGUUUUUUCUCGAGAGCAUUCACGUGUUCAAAUCUUGACUAUCUCCGUGUUUCCUGUACAGUACAUUUUCUACAAAUGCUCAAUUAUUUCAACACGC